AUGAGCGUUGUCGCCACUAGAACAGAGACCCCUGUGGUAUCUUACAAUUCCAUCCCCGAACAUCAUGUCGACGAUUCUGUUCAUUCACGAACCUCCUCGAUAUCCUCCUACAGAACAAACUAUAGCGCCUCAACCGCGCCCACUACAUACUCCCCAUCAUCCCCAUCCUCAUCUUACCGUCAAUGCGACUCCGUCAAUUCUCUUCCCAAGUUAACCGAACCAAUUCAACGUCGAGUACCGCACGAGGUCUAUGAAGUGAUAAUCCACCAUUUAGAGGAGUUACACAAAGGGCAGCACCAAACAGGAUGUACCACUUGUUUUCAACGCGACUUACACGCCUUAUCCUUGACCUGUCGGUCUUGGGAAAAGGCUGUUAGAGGACCUCUAUACCACAGUAUACACAUUGUUGGAAAUGACUCCCCGGCCCAACUCAAGAAAUAUCGUCUCAAAAGAGGGAGUCGCCUGAAGCUCUUGAGACGAACCCUCCGCGAACGAAAGUUGCUGGCCAACCUUGUAUACGAACUACGGGUACCCCAAUUAGAUUUACUCUUUACCACGAUGAAACAAGGCGCGCAGUGGCAGGAGUAUCGAGAUAUGGUCGCGUCCGUGGUCAUGGUAUGCCCGAACUUGGAGCGCCUGUUAGGCUUGUCUAUCCCGUAUCACCAUGAAUUCGAUCGUCUAACCCAUGCUUUGUCGACCCGCAAAAGGCUCAAAGAGCACACAUGGGUUUUGGGCGAGGCCGCAGAAGCAUCAGAACUGUCCCCGCGCGACGACUCCUGCCCUGGGAGCCUGGGUCCCUCCCAAAUGUUCGAGUUUCUGGAUUACCACACCUCGUGGACAAGUCUGGAGACACUGAUGCUUUAUGGGUUAAACGGAAAUGGCGCGUUGGAGCCUAGCAUGUCCCUGCGCAUGUUCAAUCUUCUUCCCUCAUUGCGAAACCUUUGCAUUACCUCCUUCAACAAAGACUCCUUUGAUAAUAGCACAUUGAUGUGUUUGCCACCACUGGAGUCAUUAAGGUUAGAGAACCUGCCUGGGAUUACAGAUGCUGGUCUCUCGCAGUACACGUCUCGGCCUGAAUCACACUCCCUCAAGACUCUCGUCUUGGUCGAGCAGAACAUCGAGUCACUGCUAGUCAUUUCCAAAAUCCUCGCGUCAUUACGACAACUUGAACGGUUCAAGGUAGUUCAGACCGAAAAGUGCCCAACUUUGCCAGAUGAACAUAUGAUCUUCCAGCCUAUCCUAGCCUCAUCCUCUCUAAAAUAUCUUCACUGGGAUGUGGCAUGUCCAGACCCAGGCACAGCCCUCACCCAACUUGAUACCCUCCCCUUCCAGAAACCCACAAAACCCUCCAAUACCCCAAACUAUCAUCUUGCCCAAAGCAUUAUCUCCGCUGGUUUUCCUCAAUUGGAAGCUCUCCGCGCACCCUCCGACGUGGAGCCCCCAGGUGCGCUCCAGGCUGUCUGUCGGCCUAUAUUAAAGGGCCAAGCCUUACUCCGACCAGACCGGUACAGCUUGCCUCGCAGCUCCCACGGUUCCGUGAAUACUCGUCCGCUCGCCCUUCCAGCGGGGAACAACCUGACCUCAGCUCGAAUUCGUGCCCAGACGUUUAUCGACAUGGCCGCCAAGGACACCGAAGCCGGCAUGCCGGUUCUGAUCCAAGAUUACUCGGACGCGUAUGUGCCGGACAACGCGCAGAACUCCCAAUUCGAGGAAGAGCCCGACCAGGAAAUGGACGACUACGGGAUCUGGGCUGCCUGCGAGCGGUUCAAACACGAGGAUAAUGACCACAGCAGCCCCAAAACGGUCUACGAGUUCCGCAUGCCAACCUUGAUGGGCCGUAGUGGUUGCCGGGAUCCUGCAACGGGCGCUUCAAUUCCUCACUUCAUCCUCCGUCCUGAUAUCACCGGCCAGGAGUCAGACGGUGGCUUGAUUGGGUGGAAGCAACUGCUAGCCUCGAACCAGUCACUGUCAUAUGCCGCCGGUGUAGGCGUCAACUGCUUCGGCAGCGGAAGCCCUUCUAUCCCACCUCCCGAGGAGCCUAUGUCGCCUGCAUCCACUAUUUCUAGGUUUGGCUGGGGAAGCUUGAGUGGGCGGUCUGUGAUGGGUACGUCUCCAACAACACCCACGACACCAAUCACGCCUAUGAGUAGUACAUUGGGCUCGGCCUUGCCUUGGGAAAAGGAUACCUGUACUGGAACCUGGAACCACAAAAUGGGCCGGGACUGGUGGUUCCAUAUGGAGCGUGAUCGUCCGGGCAACUCAGAGCUCGUUGACGUUAAACAACUUUUCUAA